AUGGACCCACUCGCCGGAAUGGACGAUUCUACAACCGACGAUGAUAAUGCUUCUCAAACAACUGAGGACGACCCUCAAAUACCAGACAAUCAUCCUCCCGCACCACAACCUCCCCAGCCUGCACCCCAGCCGGUCCCUCAAGCGCUUCCACCGGCAACAUCAGGCAUGCGAAACAGGCCAAAUUACGAACUUCGUCAUACACUAAGGGGACAUACGCAAUCUAUAUCUGCCGUCAAAUUCAGUCCUGAUGGAACGCUACUUGCAUCUUGCGCCGCAGAUAGUCUGGUAAAGAUAUGGUCCCCGUUCACAGGAGAGUUGAUCAGAAACUUGAGUGGCCAUACCAAAGGACUCUCAGAUAUCGCGUGGUCGACAGAUGGUGUCUAUCUCGCAUCAGCGUCUGAUGACACCAGUGUACGUAUAUGGAACGUUGAUUCUGGAUUAACGACGAAACAUCUCAAAGGGCACUCGAGUUUCGUGUUUUGUGUAAAUUACAACACAGCGUCCAACCUCCUUGUUUCUGGAGGUUGUGAUGGUGAUGUUCGAAUAUGGAAUGUUGCAAGAGGAAAAUGCAUGAAGACUCUACAUGCCCAUCUUGACUAUGUUACUGCCGUGCACUUCAACAGAGACGCCACCCUGAUAGUCUCUUGUGCUCUUGAUGGGCUAAUCCGGAUAUGGAACACCACAACCGGUCAAUGCUUGAAAACUCUCGCUGAAGGACACGAUGCUGUAUGGUAUGUCCGUCAGCUGCCACGGCUCGUUUCGUUCCGUAAUCUCUUAUGGAUCUUCAGCCAACACGUGCAAUUCUCGCCCAACUCCAAGUACAUUCUCUCAACUGCUCAUGACAGUGCGAUCAGAUUAUGGGACUAUCACACGUCGCGCUGUUUGAAAACAUAUACGGGUCAUCGCAACGAGAAGUUCUGUAUAGCGGCCUGUUUCAGUGUUACUGGAGGGAAAUGGAUUGUUUCUGGGAGCGAAGACCAAAAGGUUUAUAUAUGGGAUCUUCAAAGUCGUGAGGUGGUGCAAAUUCUUGAAGGACACGAAGGUGUCGUUGUCGCUGUGGCUACUCACCCACAGCAAAACAUGAUUGCGUCUGGCUCCAUCGAGCCAGAUCUUACAGUUCGCAUAUGGUCCGAUCGUGGGUCGACAUGCUGA